ACCGGAAACUGUAUUCCCACCUGUUCCACCCUGACUCGGUUCUCCCUGUCUCAGAACAUCCUGAUGGGAAUGAUGGAGUCCGUGUCGCGGAUCACGUCCUGAAAACUUCCCCCGAUCACCUUUGAUCCGUUUCCCACCUCAACAGGUAACACCACGUGACAUCGCAACCUUGUGCGCGCGCGCGCGCUUGGACUCCUGUGCGCGCGUCUGCAGGUGCUGAUGUUUAUCUACUCAAUGAUGACGAGGAUGGGGAUGAAGGUGAAACGACGUGUCCCGGUGAAGGAGUCGCGUUAACGUGAGCGUCGUUACCUCGUUAUCGGCUAUUUUUCCAGGAUUUUCCAGGAUCUAUCAGCACCAUGUUGGCCAGGAAGGGCCUCCUGCCGGACGGGUUCCGGCUGACCCGGCUGGCUGAGGACCAGAACCAGCCGAACCGCAGCCGCACCAGGUCCCUCAAAGCUCGCUUCAUCACCAAAACUGGAUCCUGCAACGUGGCUCACAAGAACAUCAGGGAGCAGGGUCGCUUCCUGCAGGACGUCUUCACCACCAUGGUGGACCUGAAGUGGCAGCACUCCCUCCUCAUCUUCACCUCGGCCUUCCUCUGCUCCUGGAUGCUCUUCGCGAUGAUCUGGUGGCUCCUGGCCUUCGCUCAUGGAGACCUGGAGCCCCGUGACCCAGACAACAACCCGGGUCCGGUGCCCUGCGUCACCGCCAUCCACUCCUUCACUUCAGCCUUCCUCUUCUCCAUCGAAGUCCAGGUGACCAUCGGAUUUGGCGGCAGGAUGGUGACGGAGGAGUGUCCCGUCGCCAUCAUCACGCUGAUCAUCCAGAACAUUCUGGGCCUGAUCAUCAACGCCGUGAUGCUCGGCUGCGUCUUCAUGAAGACGGCGCAGGCCAACCGCAGGGCGGAGACGCUCAUCUUCUCCAGGAACGGCGUCAUCGCCACUCGAAACGGCCGACCCACCUUCAUGUUCCGAGUCGGAGACCUGAGGAAGAGUAUGAUCAUCUCCGCCACCAUACAGUUGCAGGUGAUCCGACGCACCGUGACGACUGAAGGGGAGGUGAUCCCGGUGUGCCAGCUGGACAUCCAGGUGGAGAACCCUCUGAGGAGCAACGGCAUCUUCCUGGUUUCUCCUCUGAUCAUCAGCCACACCAUCGAGAGAGGGAGUCCGCUGUACGACCUGUCCGCCCAGUCUCUGUCCGCAGAGGACCUGGAGAUCAUCGUCAUCCUGGAAGGUGUGGUGGAGACGACGGGCAUCACCAUGCAGGCUCGCACCUCCUACACUCCCGAGGAGAUCCUGUGGGGGCGGCGCUUCGUCUCCAUCAUCACAGAGGAAGAUGGCCGCUACUGCGUGGACUACUCCAAGUUCGGAAACACGGUCCCGGUCCGGAUGUCGUCGCUCAGCGCCAAAGAGCUGGACCAGACCCGGGGCGUCCAGGAGGGGACGUCCGAGACUCACCUGCAGGGCUGGGGGCUGGUCAGAGCCGGCAGGGGGGGUUUCCGCAGAGGAGGGCGCGCCUGCGACGGCUCCACCCCCCAGCCGUGGUACGCCCAAUCAGAGAAGCAGGAGAAGGAUGCAGAGCAGAAGGGGCAGAAGAAGAAAGUGCAGCUGGAGGUGAUUGGACGGCAGAUUGAGGAGGAAGGACCCGGAGACGUGAGCGACUGAACGAACAGAACUGAUUCCUGAUUCAGUGUGUUCAUACGCAAAUGUGUCUUUAAAUUUAGAUUAAUUCCAGCUGUUCAAAGUUCAAACAUCCUCUGAGACCCAUAAGGACCAAAGAGUCGUAAAAAA